AUAGAAUAUAUAAGAAUGCAUGUAAAACCCUCUUCAUCAUCAGAGUGAGGGAGUCUGCUACCAUCACUCGAAAGAGCGCAGGAUACAGGUGAAGUGGAUAUUGUAUAGAAGGCGAUAGUGUCGUGGACAAGCUAAACAUGUAUCACUGCACAUUAUUUGUGCUUCUACUGAUCAAUAUUUCCUGGAUAAAUUCAACAACUUCCACAGAUCUUUUCUAUCCAUAUGGAUCAGCCCUCGACACAAUCUGUCAAAAAAUAGACGAUGGAUCAUCACCAAUAAUAUAUCUCACCACCCCGAUACCACUGUUUGGCAGCUUGUACUCUUUUCUAUAUGUAAAUCAUAACGGAUUGCUGUCAUUCAACCAACCAAUUAGUCAGUUUACACCCAGCAUAGUUCCUGUGACUUCCUGGAACCCCUAUUUAGCACCUUUCUGGGGCGAUGUGGAUAACAGAAUAACAGGAGACAUAUAUUACCGUCAGAGCAUGGAUUCAAGCCUCCUAGCGCGGGCCACUUCCGACAUCAGAUCCUACUUCAAUUCUUCAAGAUUCACUUCUCAAUGGGUGUUCGUGGCCACGUGGGACAGAGUUGCGUAUUAUGGAUCUGUUGUCAGUCAGCAACAGACAAACACUUUCCAAGUAGUUCUGACCACCGAUGGAAAUGCCACGUUUGUUCUGUUCAACUAUGGGACCAUCCAGUGGACAACUGGUACAGCCAGUGGGGGAGUGAAUGGAACUGGAGGAACCCCGGCUUUGGUUGGUGUAUACAGUGGAAACGGUAGCAGUUUCUAUACUCUAUCAGGUUCAAUGACCUCGGCCAUCCUCAAUGUGGCGUCAACAAGCAAUGUUCAAGUGCCCGGUCGUUGGGCUUUAGAAAUAGACAAAUACAACCCACAAUUCACUGUGCUUGAAUCACCAGAUGGCUCAUGGGUAAAUUCUUCAGUAGAUGUUACAAAUGCCACAGGAAAUUUUUCCACAACUACCACAACUCCACCUACAACUACCACGACUCCAACUACAACAACUACAACUACCACGACUCUAGAUACAACUACCACGACUCUAGAUACAACUACCACUACUCUAGAUACAACUACCACGACUCUAGAUACAACUACCACUACUCUAGAUACAACUACCACUACUCUAGAUACAACUACCACGACUCUAGAUACAACUACCACGACUCUAGAUACAACUACCACAACUCUAGAUACAACUACCACGACUCUAGAUACAACUACCACGACUCUAGAUACAACUACCACUACUCUAGAUACAACUACCACUACUCUAGAUACAACUACCACGACUCUAGAUACAACUACCACGACUCUAGAUACAACUACCACAACUCUAGAUACAACUACCACUACUCUAGAUACAACUACCACGACUCCAACUCCAACUACCACAUUGUUUACUAAUGCAGGGGGCUCCCUCUACUGCAUAGAGUGUGUGAACACCACGGGUUCUACCUGUACCGGGAGCAACGUGCCCUGUCCCACUGGAAGCGUCUGUGGAUCUCAGUACACAGUAACUAGUUUGGACGGAGUGGUUUUUGAAAAGAUUUCCAGGAAAUGUCUCCCAGAGAAGCAGUGCAGUGUGAGUGGAAGCUAUAGCUUUAACCAGGAAAAGAUCACAAUUGCAACGUCAUGUUGUAACAGUAGUGGAUGUACCCCGACAUUCCCCACAUUGCCAGCAGGAAGCCCGGAGCCCAACGGUGUGACCUGCCCAACAUGUUCCUCUCCAGGCUCCAUUGUGUGCUACAGUGGGGAUAACAUUCAAUGUACUGGGAAUGAGACCAUGUGCUUCCUGCGAGGUUCCACCAUAACAGAAAAUCUGCAAUCUCUUUCAAUUCGCGGUUGUGCAACAAAAAGUGUUUGUGAUAAUGAAAUUCAGUCCUCGGUCACCGGUUUUACAGAUACAAAUGUUAGGUUCUUCUGUACUGUGCCCGGAGACGACUGUCAGUGUAAGAGAUGCAAAUCUUUCCUGCCCUAAUUGUGUACAGUGAACACACAUGACACCAGGUGACACAGAUUCAGGAAAUACACAGAGGGAACUGGAGACACAACAACAAUUCAACAAAAUAUUAAAAUGAAUGUGACAAAUCAUUCUAAUUAUAGCUACAGUAUUUCAGAUAAUGAAUUGAAUUCCCCAUGCAGUAACGAUACUCGCUACAUCAGAUAAUGAAUUCCCCAUGCAGUAACAAUACUCGUUAUAUAGGAUAAUGAAUUCCCCAUGCAGUAACGAUACUCGUUAUAUCAGAUAAUGAAUUGCCCAUGCAGAAAUGGUACUCGUUAUAUCAGAUAACGAAUUGCCCAUGCAGUAAUGAUACUCGUUAUAUCAGAUAAUGAAUUCCCCAUGCAGUAAUGAUACUCGUUAUAUCAGAUAAUGAAUUCCCCAUGCAGUAAUGAUACUCGUUAUAUAAGAUAAUGGAUUCCCCAUGCAGUAAUGAUACUCAUUAUAUCAGAUAACAAAUUCCCCAUGCAGUAAUGACACUCGUUAUAUCAGAUAAUGAAUUCCCCAUGCAGUAAUGCUACUUGUUAUAUCAGAUAAUGAAUUCCCCAUGCAGUAAUGAUACUUGUUAUAUCAGAUAACGAAUUCCCCAUGCAGUAAUGAUGCUCGUUAUAUCAGAUAAUGAAUUCCCCAUGCAGUAAUGAUACUCGUUAUAUCAGAUAAUGAAUUCCCCAUGCAGUAAUGGUACUCUUUAUGUCAGAUAAUAAAUUCCCCAUGCAGUAAUGACACUCGUUAUAUCAGAUAACGAAUUCCCAAUGCAGUAAUGAUACUCGUUAUAUCAGAUAACGAAUUCCCCAUGCAGUAAUGAUACUCGUUAUAUCAGAUAACGG